CAAAAUUUAGACCUUUGCGAUUUUGGGUUCCGCAAGUGAAUCAACGGAGAAGCUUUUCUCAAGAAUUGAAGCACUCAAGACUAUGGCAAAAGAGAUGUAUUCUUGUAUUUUCCAUGGAAGAAGGUCUUUGGAGUUGCAGAAAUGGCGUAGCUUUUUCCAAAAAAGAUCUGCUUUUUCCAAUUCCUUCUCCUCUGUUGCUAGUGUUGCACAUUUGAGUCCUAGAGAUGGUCGAAAAGGUAAGAACUUUACAGUCUCUUACCUCGUUGAUUCAUUGGGUUUAACCACAAAAGUCGCAGAAUCAAUCUCAAGGAAGGUUAGCUUUGAGGACAAGUGUAAUCCUGAUUCUGUUUUGAGUCUUCUUAGGAGCCAUGAGUUCACAGAUUCUCAGAUUUCCAACAUCAUUAAGAUGUAUCCACUAUUGCUUAUAGCAGAUGCUGACAAGUCAAUUGGUCCCAAGCUUCAGUUUUUGCAGUCCAGAGGAGCUUCAAGCUCUGAGCUCACUCAGGUUGUUUCUAAAGUUCCGAAAAUAUUGGGGAAGAGAGAGGGCAAAUCUAUUAGCAGAUACUAUGAUUUCAUCAAAGUCAUUAUAGAAGCUGAUAAGAGUUCCUCCAAGUAUGAAAAGUUAUGUCAUUCUUUGCCAGAGGUUAGUAGGCAGGAUAAUAAAAUCAGAAAUGUUUUGGUUCUGAGAGAAUUGGGUGUGCCUCAGAGGUUGUUAUUCUCCUUGCUCAUCUCUGAUAGUGGACCUGUAUGUGGAAAAGAAAAAUUUGAAGAAUCCCUCAAGAAGGUUGUCGAGAUGGGUUUUGAUCCAACCACUUCGAAGUUUGUCAAAGCUCUCCAUGUCUUUUACCAAAUGAGCGAAAAAACAAUAGAAGAAAAACUCGAUGUCUACAAAAGGUUAGGCUUUUCUGUGGAAGAUGUAUGGGUAAUCUUCAAAAAGUGGCCUUGCUCUUUGAAAUUCUCAGAGGAAAAGAUAACUCAGACGAUUGAAACCUUGAAGAUGUGUGGUCUGGACGAAAACGAAGUCCUUCAAGUGCUGAAGAAGUAUCCGCAAUUCAUACGUAUUUCAGAGCAGAAGAUAUUGAGCUUAAUUGAAACAUUUUUAGGUGUAGGAUUCAGUAGAGAUGAAUGUGUGAUGAUAGUCAAGGGAUUUCCUAUGUGCUUUGGAUUGUCUGCAGAGACGGUGAAAAAGAAGACUGAGUUUCUGGUGAAGAAGAUGAAUUGGCCACUAAAGUCUGUGGUUUCGAACCCUGCGGGACUUGGAUACAGCUUGCAGAAGAGGAUUGUUCCAAGGUGUAAUGUAAUCAAAGCUCUCAUGUCCAAAGGAUCGCUUGGAAGUGAACUCCCUUCAGUGGCUUCUGUCUUGGCAUGUACCGAUCAGGCGUUCUUAAACAGGUUCAACAAUAUCCUUACGGUUUUGAAGAAUCCCUUAAGAAGGUUGUUCACAUGGGUUGCUCUGCAAAUUGUUUUAUGGAUGGAGUGACAAAAACAUAGAAGAAAAGGUCAAUGUCUGUAAAAGUUUAGGCUUUGGUGUGGGGGAAUGUUCAAGAAGUGGCCAAACUCUCUGAAACUAUCGGAGAAGAAGAUAUUGAAGUCCAUUGAAAAUUCAACAUAUAUGUGUUCGCGAUGAUGGUUAAACACUUUCCUCGGUAUCUUGAUUUAUCUGCAGAGACGGUGAAGAGGAUUAUAGAGUUUCUAGUGAAAGCUCUCUCGUCCAAAGGAUUGCUAGGAAACAGAGAAAACAAAUCCAUAUUCUAAUA